AUGGGGAGCACUCCUUCCAAGGCUGGGGGUGCUUGGCAGAGGCCCUCAGUCCAAUCCUUUGCAGGUUGGCCCUCAGAGAGCAAAGCUGUCAUAUGGGACCUGGGCACUCUGCUCCUGACCUACACCUGUGUCUGCUGGGGUGUCUCUGUACCAGAGCAGGGAGCAGGACCAAGGACUGGGGUGUUCACCUGCUUCAGCAACGUCAUCAUCAGGAUUGACUGCCAUUGGUCAGCUCCAGAGCUGGCCAGGGACUCUGAUGCCUGGCUCCUCUUUACCAGCAACCUGGCACCUGGCAGCAGGCACAAGUGCACCUUCUGGGGCAACAUGUGUACCCUAGUGCUGCCCCCUGAGGAGAUGCUGCUUCCAAGUGACAACUUCACCAUCACCUUUCAUCAUUGCAUCUCGGGGCAGGAGCAGAUCAGCCUGGUGGACCCAGAGUUCUUACCAUGGAGACACGUUAAGUUGGACCCUCCCUCUGACUUGCAGAGCAAUGUCAGCUCUGGCCAGUGUAUCCUGACCUGGAACAUUAGUCCUGCCCUGGAGCCCAUGAGUACACUACUCAGCUAUGAGCUGGCCUUCAAGAGACAAGAAGAGACCUGGGAGAGGGCCCGGCACAAGGACCGCAUUGUUGGAGUUACCUGGGUCAGCCUGGAAGCCAUUGAGUUGAACCCUGGCUCCACUUAUGAGGCCAGGCUACGUGUCCAAAUGGCAGUGCUGGAGGAUGACAUGGCAGAGGAAGAGCAUUUUGAAGGCCAGUGGAGUGAGUGGAGUCAGUCUGUGUACUUCCCCUCUCCCCAGCGACAGGACCAUGUGAUCCUACCCUGGGGGUGGUCGGAGAGUACCCUUGUUGCUGGGUGUGUCUUUCUCCUGCUCACUGGCCUUAGCCACCUCCUGUUCAAGCUGUCACCCAGGGUAAAAAGAACCUUCUACCAGAGUGUGCCCUCUCCGGCAGCAUUCUUCCAUUCCCUCUACAGUGUGCACAAUGGGAACUUCCAGACCUGGACAGGUACUUCCAGAGUGAGACCACAACCAACCCAAGAUGGUGUCAACACUCCACAAGGAGGCUCAGAGUCCAGUGUCUUGGAGGACAUCACAGUGCUCACCUAUGGCCCGGCAUGCCUCUGGCAAUUCUCCAGUCUGAAGAAGGGCAUAGUCCCUGGCUUCCCAGGGUUCUCCAGCUCAGAGCAUGUGUUGCAAGCAGACUGUGUGGAAUUGUGGGGACAGCCAUCUGCCUACCUGCCACAGGAGGACUGGGGCCCUGAAUAUUCUACCAGGCCGGCUCCCCCAGAUUCAGAAGGUGGUAGUAGCUAUUAUACAUUGGGCUUCCAUGGGGAGUGCAGUCCCUCAACUCUCUUAGCAGACACUCUGAGCUCUGAACCCACUCAACCUCAGCCUAUGACCUUUCCUGGGUCCAGCAGGGCCUGA